AUGAAUUUAUCGCUUGAUACCAUUUUAACGAAUGCACGUGAACUCGUUUCGCGAUUACGUCGUGACGAUGCGACUGCCGAUACAGCCGUAAGUCAAGCUCAAUACGUUCAAGAGAAGAUUCUAAGUAUGAAGCAGUACGGCGAUGAUCUUGCUGAAUUGAAUGACAUAAGUACACAUCGUCCCAAACAAGCUAUACUUUACAAUAUUCAAAAAGAAAAUCGUCUGAUAAAACAAUUACAAAAAGAGAAUGAAGAAUUAAAGCAAUUAGUCACCGAACAUCGAAGUGUACUAGAAAAAAUCAUGUUCAAAUACCGACAACAUGUUCAACAACUACAAUUAAUGGAAGAGAAAGAAAAAAUGGCGGUGCAAUUAUUCAAUACUGGUCUGUCACAGGAGAUUCAAGAGAAAGCAUCAAAAAUUCAAGAAAUGGCAUCAAUUAUGCAACGUGCAAUUACUAUUGAUGAUACGAAUAGUGCCACUCAAGAAAAACGCAUCAAUGCUUUAUUAUUAGAAAAUCGUGGGUUGAAAGAAAUACUUGCUGUACAUGAAAAUAUGCAUUCGCACAAACAAUUACCUCCUGUUCCAGCGCAGUCUCAAACAAAUGAAAUGACGACAGACGAACCAAUUUCAUCGUCUUCUCCACAAGAAAUACCAUCUUGA